CACGUACUCGGCAAAUCAAACGGGAUCAAAACAAAAUCGCAUCUAAUUUCAAUCCCAUAAAAAGUUAAUUUUCCGUCUCAGAUGUGAGAAUUCAAUUGUGAAAGUUUAACCAGCAACACCCUCAAUUAGUUCUACAUCCCAUUUGUCACACAGGAAGGUUUUUCAACACUUCCGCAGUUCAAAAUGAGCGACAUCCAAACAUGGUACAAACAGGUGCCCAUUUUCACCCGGAUCUGGUUAUCGGCUACAGUUGGCAUCAGUUUGCUGGCCCGCUUCGGAAUACUUCCACCGCAGUAUCUGGUCCUGACACCGCAACUGUUCUCGAAACUGCAGCUAUGGAGAGCCAUGACUGCGGUUUUCUUCUACCCGUUAAAUCCGGCCACCGGUUUUCAUUUCAUGCUUAACUGUUUCUUCUUGUACAACUAUUCGCUGCGACUAGAAACGGAUCACUUUAAGCAAAAACCGGGCGACUAUUUCUAUCUGCUGUUCUUCAACUGGAUUCUAUGCGUCAUCAUCGGACUGGUGAUCGAUCUUCCGAUCCUCAUGGAUCCGAUGGUUCUGUCGGUGCUGUAUGUCUGGUGCAAACUGAACAAGGAUGUCAUCGUCAACUUUUGGUUCGGAACCCGUUUCAAGGCCAUGUACCUUCCAUGGGUACUGUUAGGAAUGAAUCUGAUCCUUUCAUCGGGAAGCAUUUUCUCGAUCGUUGGCAUCUUGGUCGGUCAUGCUUACUACUUCUUGAAGUUCAUAUAUCCGCAGGAACUGGGCGGCCCAAGCUUAAUCGAAACCCCCUUCUUUAUAAAACGCUUUUUCCCGGAUGUCACCGGUGGAGUGCAUGGGUUCGGUGUACCUCCGGUCGGCCAACGAGCUGCCAAUGCACAGCAACAGCAACAGCAGGGCAAUGGUUUCGGCUUUCGUCAUGCCUGGGGUCGCGGACAACAGUUAGGUCGCGAGUAAGGUAGGUGUAACAAUUUACAUUUCUAUAGGAAACGCGGCAAUCACAAUAGAAAUUUGAACACACACAGAGUUUUUUUUUGUUCGAUCACUACUUGAUCGGAUGGAGUUAUUCUACUCGUCAUUUACCGGGAUGUUUCUAGUGUACGUUUUAGCAAAUAGGGUCCUCUCAGCUUUCGUGGGAGAAAAAUAAUCUGAAUGUCGGUGUAUUGUGAGGAGCGAUUUAAUACGUGGAAAUGAACCAAUGAAUGAUAAAAAUAUAAUACUGAUGAAAAUA